CCACCUUACCCCUCACGACGGCGCCGACUCCCUCUCAGCGCACUCCCUUCCCAUAAGCGCUCAGCCACCGCCGAAAACGACGUUGGCGGCAGAUUGCGAUCCACAUCUACGAUUGGUCACCGAAGCCCUAGGCUGCCGACCGGUGGUCGUCAACAUGUGGAUCGGCGAUGAGAGGUCCACGACGUCGUUUCACAAGGGACAUAAGCAUUUCUUUCUCCUCCUUGCUCCCUCCCACCGAUGUGCUACCAGAUCUCAGUAUCCAUAUUCUCCGGUCACCGGAGAGUUCGAGUUGGAAAUAGAGAUUCCGGCUAUACUGUGAGUUUCGAUGUACGAUUAAUCCAGGAGAGAUGUUAUAUCUAUGCAGGUAAUGAUGCAGCUGUGCCAAACACUGUUGGCUAUCACAACGUUGCCUUUGCAUAUGGAGACCCAAAUGAGUCAACAGAGCAGAAGACUAAUGACGCUGACCUUGUUUUUCGUCCAGCCUUUCCAGUGCCAGAAAGUUUGAUUCAAAACCCUUGGGAAGACAUUGAUCAGCUAGUUAUACAUAAUGGUUCAAAGAGUUCUAAACAAGCAAUGAAGCUGAUAAUGAAGACAUUGAUUUGCUGUGUGUUAGCCUACUCCAAGCUCUUACUGCCAAAUUGGUCAAAUCAACAAGUGAAGUGAAUGAGCUAAAGAGAAUCAAAUCAAGAUUGGUGAGCAGCUUCUGCUUAAGUCUUGGAGGAGAGACAAAUAACUACCUUGAAGCUUCAUGAUCUUGUAAACUUGCUUCAUUUUUUUGUAAACUUCUGUAGAAGCUUCAUUCAUUUUGUAACAUUAUUGAGAAAGAUUAAAGCAUACCAUUCCCAGCAUUGGGCUUAUUCUUUCUUGUAUGGUUUUUAUGCAAUAAAAAAUAAAAAUUUGCAAUGU